AUGAUGGGGUAUCAUGGAAGGCUUGUUAAUUAUUUUAAAAAUUGUUGCAACAUAAAUAUAUUUAAUGUUAAUGACAAUAGUCAUUUGAAGGUUGAAGAACAAAUCAGUAGAAUGAUAAAGGACCCUAAUUUAAUACCAAAUGAUAAAAAAAUCAUCGGAUUAUAUUGUGAAAAGAAAAUAACUAAAUCUAUGUUAAUUAAAUAUUUGGAAAGACAUGACAAACCGCUGUUACGAGGGAAAAUACAUUUAAUGAUACUAUUAUUUUCACCUAUAUGGAUAUUUUAUAUGUUGCAUUUAUCAAAAACAUAUUCAGCAAAAAUGUUCACAUCUGUAGCAUUAAUAUGUAUUCUUUUUAAUUCGUUUGCUUCUUUUUUGCUUCACAGUUUUGAAUGGUCCCCUAAAAAUUAUUUCUUAAUUGAGAAAUUGGAUCACAUUGGAAUAUUUUUAAUGAUUAGUGGCUCAGCAUUUCCUGUGGCAGCAUUAUUACUUAAUAAUAUAAAAUUAUUAUAUUAUAUAAUUAUACAUUCAUUAAGCUCACUUUUAGGAAUUUUAUGUAUUUGUUGUAGUUACUUUUCAACUGGGAAUAGAGCUAAAAGAGCAUUUACAUAUGUAAUGGCGGGACUUUUACAUGCAAUUUUUUUUAAUGAUUAUAUAAUUUUAUUAUAUGCCAGAGAAUUGGCAUUUUUAAUUAUGAUUGGUGUUUUAUAUGUUUUAGGUGCAGUUAUAUAUUCUUUAAAGAAGCCAAAUAUUAUUAAUGGCGUUUUUGGAUUUCACGAGCUUUUUCAUGCUUGUUGCUUAGGAAGUGUUUUAUUCACAUUUGCUUUGAACCGUAGUGUUCUAAUGAGAAAAUCUUAG